AUGGCUUCGUGGACCGCGGACAAGCCAAAGUCGGCGGCGACUAGCGAGUAUCUCGCCGUCUCUGAGGAUGCGGGGGACAGCGAGGACGGUGUGAGUAGAGACAGCAUUCGGGGCGUUAGGGAUAAGCCGAGGAUACCAGGGGCAUGGGCAGCAUGCUUCUUGGGCUUGAUUAUGGUGACCGCAACAUUCCUCCUCGUGAACUCCGCCGAGGCAAUGGCGCAUCGCUACCUUGGAGUGCGGAGGAGGGGCGAUCCGUUCGUGAACUGGGGAAAACCGGGCACCGGCACCGAAGAACUUGCCUGGUACCCAACAGACUUCCUCCGAGACGUCCUGCCCGUCCCCUGCCACUCACACAACGAUUACUGGCGCGACAUCCCCCUGUUCACGGCGCUCUACGCCGGAUGCACCGGUGUCGAGUCCGACGUCUGGCUGCGCAACGGCGAUCUCCUGGUCGGACACGACACGGCAAGUUUACAGCCUAACCGAACCUUCCAGAGCCUGUACGUCAACCCCCUGGUCGAGAUCCUCACCCACCAAAACCCCUCGACCGAGUUCAACGACGGCAAAAACAACGGCGUCUUCGACACCGACCCGGAACAGCCACUGGUCCUCCUCGUCGACAUCAAAACCGACGGCCCGGAAACCUGGCCGUGGGUCAUGAAGCAGCUCGCCCCGCUGCGCGAGAGAGACUGGCUUAGCUACUAUGAGAACGACCAAUUCUACCAGCGACCCAUCACCGUCGUGGGGACGGGCAAUGCGCCGUUCGACCAGAUUCUAGGGAACUCGAGCCGCCGCGAGGCCUUCUUCGAUGCACCCCUGGACAAGCUGGAGAACUCGGGCUACAACUCAACCAACUCAUAUUACGCGAGCGCCGACUUUUGGAAGGCCAUUGGGGCGAUGUGGUGGUCGCAAGGGCCGACCAAGAGCCAGCUGGAGAAGAUUCGAAGCCAUAUUCGCGAGGCGAAGAAUAGGGGUUUGGUGUCGCGGUACUGGAAUCUGCCAUGGUGGCCGAUCUCUGUGAGGAACCGGGUUUGGGAGGUGCUCGUCGAGGAGGGGAUUGGGAUGCUAAAUGUUGAUGAUCUGGAGGCGGCGACCAAAAAGGAUUGGACGAAGCCAGGGAGGUUUUAUUAG